AUGAAUAAGCUAGUUUAUUUACUUUUCGUCGCUGGUAUUCUAACUGGUGUAUUCUGUGACGAAGAAUGUUCAAGAAAGCGAAGGAACAGUUUACUCGAUCAGGAUUUCGGUAUGUCAUUGACGGACGACGAUUUAAUCACCACGAUGAUGGCUCCUUUGAUGUUAAGAAACUACUUCAGACCCUGGCGCUACCUUGAACCACUGGCAAGGGAUAUUGGUUCUACUAUCAAGACGGAUAAGGAUAAAUUUACAAUCAACGUCGAUGUUCAACAUUUCGCACCAGAUGAAAUAUCUGUAAGAACUGCGGAUGGUUAUGUUGUAGUUGAAGCAAAACAUGAAGAGAAACAGGACGAGCACGGCUUUGUUUCUCGUCAGUUCAUGAGAAGAUACUCAUUGCCAGAAGGUGUCGAGUCUGAAGAUGUUUUAUCGGAGCUCUCGAGUGACGGCAUCUUGACAAUAUCGGCUCCGAGGAAAGAUGUUGACAAAAAAGGAGAAAGAAUCGUUACAAUAACAAAGACGGGACCCGUUCGGAAACAAGCAAAGGAAGCGACGAAAGAGGAAAGUUGCUCUGCUGAUACUUGUGAAAAACCUAAACAAUAA